AUUUUAAAAAUGCAUUCUAAAUAAACGAUGUGUAACUUGUCCCUUUCUAAUUGUUUACUUGCACUUAAGUAUUUAGUUUGCAUGAUAAUCUGAGUCUUAUCAUCACCCUUAUUCUAAUUAUUACCUUUUACCUUUUUAAAUAACACUAUGACAGCAAAUAUAAUAAUGUUCCAUUUCUAUUGCAUUUGUUAUUUGUAUGUAAGUUGUUUCUCAUCAUUUGCUUCAUCAGUUGUCAGCCUCAACCAUACUGUGAAUUCUUCUCUAGUACCUGAAAUACAUAACUACCUGUUUUAUUUUUGUUGGUCAUUUUUUACCUUUUGUAAUUAAGCCAAGUUAGAAUAAUUUCCAAAUUGAACUGAAAAAUAAAAAUGUUGGGGGAACAUAAAAAUAUGUAACUGAUUAUUACCCAUAAAACUUUCUCUAGUACUAUUUCAAGUUUUUCCAACUUGUUCCAAUGUUUUAUGUUGAUUUUUGUCAGCAUGGUGCACACUGCAAUUUUUAUCCAACAACUACCUUCCACUUAAUCCAAGGUAAGUAAGCAGCCUAAGCAGAGGCUCAGACUCCUUUAUUCCUACUCACUUGGGCCAACUCCUCUGGGGGAAUGGCGAGGUGUAACAAAGCAGCUGAAAAAGGCGUUGGUCAUCCAUGAAGAGGCAGAUGACAGAAUACUUAGCAAAGGGCCAAGGCUGGGAUCCUUGGUCAGUGUCUAUACCGAAGGUCGGGAGCACAUAUCACAUGAGCCAGAAUAGGCCUAAUCCAUCAUGGGCAGGAUGAGAAUAAUGUGGGAAUGAGAUCAGACACUAGAGGGCAAACAGGGCAAGGACUGAAUGGAAAACUAUUCACACAAUUCACAUAAUCCAGCAGAGAAAGCAGAGGGGAAAUUAAGUAGUGAAGGGAGCAGGUGAAAACAGGCAAGAGACAGGUUAGCAGGAAAGACUCGAUUAGUAAGGUGAGAGAGAGUGACGCAGAAGUGAAGCAUAAACAUAACAUGAUUCAUGAACAUGUCCUGGGCCUUCAUCUGGACGUACUGAGAACACCUCACAAGGAAGAGUCCAAGAGGCAUCCAAACCAGAUGCCUGAGCCACCUCAACCUCUUUUAUCUCAUCCUUGUUGCCCUCGAGACUCCUCUUGAUGUGGAGGAGAAGCAGCUUUACUCUGAGCUUCUCACCCUGUCUGUAAGCGAGAGCCUGGACACCCUGCGCAGGAAACUCAUGUCAGCUGAUUGUAUCCCUGAGUUUGUUCUUUUGGUUGCUACCCAGAGUUCAUGAUGACAGGUGAGGGUAGGAAUGUAGAUUGGCUGUUAAAUAAAGAACUUAGCUCAGCUCUCUCUCUUCACCACAAUAGAUUGGUACAGUGCUCACACCAUUGCAGACAGGGCACCAAUGUCUAUACAGGCAUCAAGUUGGCGGGCAAUAAUUCAACUCCUGCUUGAGUUCAGUGUAACUCCAGAAUGGAAGAGUGCCCAAUCACACUUGUGGUCACUGGUUCCAGAGCCAGAGCCGUGCGUUGAGGUGACCCUGACUGUAUCUCUCAACCAUGACCCUUAGGGGUCGUAGAUGGGUCCGUCGCCCUGAAAAAUGGGUGGCCAUCCCACUGGCCCUCCCAAGAGAAGACCUCCAUCCCCUUUACAUUAUAUUCAGUUCACAAAAACCACCUUUUAAUAACCAUCUUUAAUUAAAACAUAAAUCAAUAAAUAAAUGAAUAAAUAAUGAGUGAAACACCAAUGCAAGGCCACAGGCUGGACCGUUACAACGUUACUCUGAAUGAGUUGGAAAGUGAAGGAAUGGAUCAUUUUUCAUUCUAACUUAGCAUUUUUUAAAAUUGGCAUAUGUAUUAAUAAUAAUUGAAAUAAUAAUUAUUGAGUUUAUUAUUAUUAUUAUUAUUAUUAUUAUUAUUAUUAUUAUUAUUAUUAUUAUUAUAUGACACACUGUAACUAAAUGGUCUAUGCGAAAUGUAUGUUCUCGUUUUCAUCACUACGGUCCCGAAUAAUGGCUUGUAGAUCAAAUCAGCCGCAGGAAGAACAUUUUGCAAGUGUCAUAUUUGAUGCUCAAAGAGGACUGCAUUGCUCCUUCUGUUCAUAAGAGUCCAUUUCAACGUAUCUGAGUCUGUGAGACGGGGAACGAAUGGGAGGGGUGGCUUUAACCCAAAUGACCGAUUACAUAACAUCCUAAAAGAUCACUACAUACAGAUAACAGAAAAAUAAAGAAGUCCCAAAACAGCGAAUGAGUGAAUGACACCAGUUCUGCUCCUUUUCUCUUCGUGGGAAUGAUGCUGAUAUCGCCAAAACCUCCAGUCCUCUGAGUGGAUCCAGGAUCAAUGAAAGAGAGAGAGAGAGAGAGAGCAGAGAGGGGUGUCUGCGUGUGUAUUUUAAGCCACAGCUGUUGAGCUACCCCAAGUACGUGCUCAACCCCAGAGAGACAAGCGGAGAGCAGAGAGGAGUAUACCGUCCGUCUCUUCGCUCUGCGGACGCGUGUGUAAAACCCAUCAGCUCCCGGAUUUGCUUCCAACUUUCCCGUGUUUAGCUCGCUGAUCUCGUCCUUGUCGCAUUCCUCCGAACGUUUGGAAUGACCACUUUUCCCGCCUGCGUCGUUUCCAUGUCAGCAUGGGAACUGCCGUGUCCAAAAGGAAGAAUCUGAGAAACGAUGCGAUAUCUUCCGUGGCAGCAAAAGUUAGAGCAGCGCGAGCAUUUGGAGAGUACCUGUCCCACACGCACCCUGAAAACCGAAACGGAUCAGCUCAUCUUCUGUGUGAAACCUUGGUGGGUCCUGAUCCAGAGUCGCCAAGAGACACGACUGGACUCAACAUCAACAACACUCACCUCCCUCCCUGCUCCUCUGCUAAAGGCUGUACGAACAAACCAGAUUCUAUCCUGGCAAAGGAAAAGCUGGGCCUAAUCCAGCCUGCUCUCCCAUCCAUCACAGUUUCUACCAAGCCGACUUGUCGCUCGCUUGAACAUAGCUUCGCAGCAGAGGAGGACCAGAAGUCGUCAUUUGAGUGCACCCGUGUGUACACCAUCUCUUCCCAGCACGGCAUGCUGAUGAGCAGUGGCCGGGGCAGCAAAGAGAGCCUAGAACUGGACAUCCUGAAGGAGAAGUCGGGGAGCGGUGGAGUGGGAUCUAGAGGUGGCCCAAUCCAGCCCUCCACCUCCCCAUCCUCUGCCUCCUCAUCUCCAACCCAGUACAUCCGCUCGAGCAGCAGCCGAGGCAUCAGCAGUUGUAGCCGCAAUCACCACCACCACCACACCCCUGUCUCUGGAAUAAACGCCUCUUCUAGCAGCGGUGGAAUCAGCGGGGCAAGCUGUAGCAGUAGUCACCAACAGCAGCAAGCGGGUGCAGGAUCCCACUCCCACCACCACGCCCAUCAUCACCAUCACCUAUCCCAGCCACCGCUACAGACCUCCGUCAGCGCGCACAAUAUCCGUAGCCUUGGUGAAGGUGCGAAAGGAGAAGCAGAGUGCAGCGGGCUUGCUUGCGACUCGUGCACCGGCACCCCUUCGCGUAGCCAGGGGUCACUGGACCUGGAAAGUACAUCCAGAGAGGCAGGCAAGCAGCACCGACGCCUAGAGCGGAUGUGGAGUGUGGACCGAGUGACUGGGCUGGAGAGAGAGGACACCAACUGGUUCCCCAAGGAAAACAUGUUCACCUUCCAAACAGCCACAACAACAAUACAAGCGAUAUCGAACUUCCGGAAGCAUCUUCGGAUGGUGGGAAGCAGAAGGAUUAAAGCGCAGACAUUCGCUGAGCGUAGAUCGAAGAGUUUCAGCCGUUCCUGGAGUGACCCCACCCCAGUCAAGACUGACUCCCCUCAUGAGGCUAAAGACAGUGGAGACCUGCAGGCCUCCACUAACGCCCUGGAGGAUGGAGCCCUUGAUGAUGCUCUAGACUGGGAGGAGGAGAAAGAGAUGGAGAGGCUGGCCUGUGAAGGAGAUGACUUUGUUCCUCCCAAAAUUAUGCUGAUCUCUUCCAAAGUUCCAAAAGCAGAAUACAUUCCCACCAUAAUCCGCAGGGAUGAUCCAUCUAUCAUCCCCAUCCUCUAUGAUCAUGAACAUGCAACUUUUGAUGACAUUUUGGAGGAAAUAGACAAGAAGCUCACAGCGUACAGGAGAGGAAGUAAAUUCUGGAGGAUGCUUAUCUUCUGUCAGGGAGGCCCUGGUCAUCUGUACCUACUGAAGAACAAGGUGGCGACCUUUGCUAAAGUGGAAAAAGAAGAAGAUAUGAGCCAAUUUUGGAGAAGAUUGAGUCGCUUUAUGAGUAAAGUCAACCCGGAGCCAAAUGUGAUCCACAUAAUGGGAUGCUAUGUUCUGGGAAACCCCAACGGAGAAAAGCUGUUCCAGAAACUGAAGAAUCUGAUGAGGCCGUAUUCUGUUGAGUUUGAAUCACCGCUGGAGCUGUCUGCACAAGGCAAGGAAGUGAUUGAGAUGUACUUCGAUUUUCGCCUUUACCGCCUUUGGAAGACGCGCCAACACUCUAAACUCUUGGACUACGAGGACCUUUUGUGACAAAGACAUGCUGACAAAGAGUGCAGCGGUAGCCCAACAGUGCCAAGAGGACACUGUUAAAACUGACGAUCCAGCGGCAGAACAUAUCUUAAUUGUCAGGUUGGGGCCGGCAGCUUAAAAAAAUAAAAAGUCGUACCUGCUUUAAUGCUGGUGAAGGCCGGAAGUGGAGGAAAAGCAGCAGCAGGACAAUGUAGAACAACGAAGGGAAUGAGAAAAAAAUGAGGAUAAACCCCAACAAAGCUGAACUAUCCAUAUCAAACCUGUCAAAUCUAUUUUUUUUCUUUAUCACUUGAGUUUCAAAAAUAUAAACUGAUGAUUAAAAGUGUAUACAUAUACAGUUUUUGUCACACUGUUGUUGCAAUGCCAUGCUUUCUGGGGGCAAUGUGCUUCAGACGAAUUGCUGUAACUCAUCCUGUCUCAAUGUGGUUCUGUGUUUUGACCUCUCAGACUGGCCCCUGAGACACAUCGGUAAUGUUAAAGUGUGUAUAGUUCACAUGAAUAUAUUAGUAUAGCCUUAGUCAUGCAAAUAAUACUCUAUAUUGGAUCAUCGUUUAUUUUUGAAGUGCAUUGUUGUGCAGUUUCAUAUGGAAAUACUUUGAAAUAACUCAGGUUUUUGCCAUGAAUUUAAAGAAUCUGUCUAUUCUAUGAUGACAUUGUAAUAUUCAACGCCAUUGCUUUGAAUGAAUGUAUUAUCUCUCUAGAGAUUUGUGGGAAUAUGAAUGUUUUGUGAGGAAAAAAAAGUUUCGAGUGUGUUUUCCAUUUAAAGUAAGUGUGCAUUUUCUCUUAAAUCUCCUUUAAGCAAAAAGAAUAAUUGCCAGCAUUGCCAUAAAUAUCCCUUUGUCAUGUCUAUUCAAAAAGGAUGACAGUCCAGCGUGACUCAUGAUGUCAAAGGAUGUAACAGCCAUCCAAGGGCUCCUACAACUGAAGAGGAGUUUCCCUGAUGAUCAAACCUUGUUCUUUUGCAGCGGGAUCAGUCCUAACAAUAGAAGCAACUCCUUUUUUUCUGCUUAAAAUACUCUUGCUGCUCUUAGUAAGAGCCAAACGAGCCUCCAGCACCUCUGGCUUUAAAAACCAGAGUUUUCUGAAAUGGAGAAGUCUACCAGAGUAUGAAGUUGUGAGCCUCACUGACGGGUGUCAACUUAUUUAAAAAGACCAGAAAUGUGCACUCUGAGACAAGUCGAACAAUUCCAGUUGUUCCAGACAGACUAACAAUGAUGUAAUCCACACAGAUGCAAUCAUACAUGCUAGGGCAUAGACCAAAAUACAUUUAGAGACAAAGUUAGAAGGGCACAGGUACCACAGCCUAUUUAUAAUUCAGCUGGUGUGCUUGUCAUGAGCACAACUGCGAAUAGAAACAUAGUUCUGAUAUCCGCUGUAGCUCAGGGGGAAGAUUUCUGAGGGAAAUAACACAGAUGUCCUCUCAUCUAUGGCUUUAGACUUCAAAUUCAGUCGGAUUCGUUUGUCACAACACUGGUUGAGUGGACAUGUGGGAGAGCUUAUCGGCAGUAUGCUGCCGUGUUCCAGAGCAGAAAGUGAAGGUCGAUUAAUUAAAGGUGUUAAUUAGGAGUUAAACCAAUUAAAAGGCACGUACACCUGACACCUAAAAUUGUAGAUGUUGGCGCUAUAUCACCCAACACAAUAUAAAGGAAGCUGCCCUUUUUAUUUGUCAGUGAAAAUUAUAAGAACUUAAUUCUUGUCUUUGAGAUUAGUUUUUUUUUUUUUUUGGCACCACUGCCAGAGAUCCAAAUUCAGCUUUUAUUGCAGUUCCAAAAUCUUUAGAAACUUUUCAGUGUGAGAACAUUAUCCAAUUCCUGGGUGAGGGGGUGAGGGAGUAUUUGGGACCUAUGUGAGAUGCUAUUAAUAAUCUAUAGCAUUUCAUAUUAUUGAAGCAAAUAGUGAAGGGAAUUUAAAUGGAAGAUGGUCCAGGUUUACGUUAGUAAAGGUGAUCAUUUUUCUUUUCCUCUUCCCAUUUAGAAGUUUGUUGGCAAUUAUUAUUUCUAUGUUCUUUUUUAGUUGUUUUUUUUUUUCACACCCUGGUUAAACGUGAUCAAAUCCAGUACUGGAGUUUUUUGGUUUUUUCCAAGCUAGAGAUUAUGUUACUGCAAUAAAAGAUGGAUUUAUUUUAAGGCUUUUUAUACGUCUUCAACAGGUGAGCCAGUAACUUUUGCAAAUGCUGCUUUUAAUGUCAAAGGAAAUGUUAGUUUUAGAUUGAAAAUAUGAAAAACUUUCUAUAAGAGCUUUGAAUAAAGCUUCAGGCCCUGGGGCAAAUCCUUAUAUCCCUAUGAAUCUUUUUUAUCUUCAAAUUCUAGUACAUUGCAAUGUAGAAAUAUGAAAUUCUUGUAUUUUAGUUAAAAACAAACAAACAAAUCAAAUCUCUAAAGUGACUGUUAGCUGCCUUGGUUUUUAAAAGUAGGGUCUUGGGUAUUGACAAAACCAAAUUGGGAUUCUGCUUUUUUUGCUUUGCUUGCUGGGUCAGAGAGAAUAUUUACUGACAAAAUGUUUUAAACAAUGUUUAAUUCAAGAUGUUUAAAAGGCCACAGUGCAAAACUAAUCCAAUCACAGCAGUUCCAUAACAACCACCAAGAUCUGUUAUGCUGCAAAGAGCAAGAAAGUAAAAUUUAAAUAAGUGUUUGCAGACAAGAAGUGGGUGGAGAAAGUGUGUAGGGGUGAAGUGGUCAUAGCUUUGAAUAACACACACAAAACAAUGCUGUCGAUAUUUCCGUUAUAAUUCUUUCCUACUUGUUCUGUUGUCAAUAUAUGAGGAUUUGUUAAAGUUUGAUGUGAUUAACCUUUUUUGAGAAAAAAAACUCUAAAUGAUCUUUUUCUUAUUAUUUCUGAUGUAUUUGCUGUGGCUGACAUUGCAGUUCUAGCCUGUUUUUCUGGGAUAGCCAAGUGCUCUCAUCUCUUCUCUCUCAGCCUGAGUCACGCAAUAUGUUUUCACUACAGAUUUAAAAUUCAGCAGUUACACAACCUGUCAUCUCACAGAGCCAUUUUAAUUCCAGCAAAAGCACUGUGCUGCCAAAUUCUCCAAGAAGUCGCCCUAAACAGCUGCUGGGUUUUAAUGGGAUUAUUUUUCAGAGCUUUCACCCCGGCAUAAUUUUCCGCUUCAGAAACACAGCAGCCACGGGUUAUUUCAGUCAAAAAAAAAAAAAAAAGUGCCACAGGAUAAAAAUAAUCUAUUACCUGUCCUGAGGAAAAAUGUCUUACUGGUUUAGGAUUAUGUUAAAUUUAUUUGGGAAGAUAAGGAGAGGGGCAUCGUGACUCAGGAGUUUUAGAGAGAUGACUUUUUGUUUCUAUCAUUACCAAGAAAAAAAAUGAAGGAGAUUCACUGGAAAUCUAAUUAAAGAUUCUUAUGAGUUUAUUGUC